AUGGCCUCUAUUACAGGAGCUUCAAUCUCUGUGCCCUCGAUUAAGCUGACUCACGCACAUAGUAAGAGGAUCUCUAGCUUGAAUUCGGUUUCACUUUCCAUCGGUGGGAAAAGCUUCCCUUCACUUAGAUUGCAAAGGGGUGGACCUGGCUUGCGAAUCACUUGCGCGGCCAAACCAGAGACAGUGGACACAGUGUGUAAUAUUGUGAAGAAGCAGUUGGCACUAUCAGCUGACACUACUGUCACUGGAGGAUCAAAGUUUUCUGAACUUGGAGCUGAUUCUCUCGAUACGGUCGAGAUUGUAAUGGGACUUGAGGAAGAAUUUGGGAUCAGUGUGGAGGAAGAGAGCGCCCAGAGUAUUGCUACGGUUCAAGACGCAGCAGAUCUUAUCGAGAAGCUCAUGGAGAAGAACGCUUAA